GCGAAAGUUCACCUUGGUAACUGACCAUGAGCCCUUGUUGGCUCUGAAGAAAUCGAAGAAUUACUCUGGCAUGAUCGGGCGAUGGGCAACGGUGCUGCAGAGCAUGGACUUUGACAUUCGUCAUCGGAAACACGAGAGGCACGGGAAUGCGGACAGACUGACACGACUGCACCGGCCUGAGAAAGUUCCGAAGAGUGAGGAGGUGACUCCGUGGAACGAACCCGAACAGGAGAUCGGACCUCGGUACGGCCAAGUGGAGAUCUUAUCGAAGCAGGACGAGGAUACGAUACCAUCGCGGCAGGAGUAUCUGAAGCCGUACGAUAUCAUCCCUCACGCCUUCUAUCCAAGGGCAGAGGAAGUGGUGAUCGACGAUGACGACGAAGAGGACGAAGACGAGGAAACAUCGGAGAAGGGAAGCUAUAGUGAACAUAGCGACGGCGAGCUGAGCGAAGGAGAAGAGGAGGAAGAAGAAACCGGAUCUGAGUGGGAAGCCUUGCCGGAGGAAGCGACGCGUACGGGAACGGAGGCGGAAGAUCCGGAAGCGGCGCGAAAGCGCGAAGAAAUUGCCACCGGGAAGCGCCAGCUGGAGUUCGCCAGCAAAGCUAGCCUGCACAUCGGUAACGAUCUGACCAGGGAUCCAGAGCCGCCGAAGCCCGAAGAUGGUGACCCUGCAGCCGCCACCUCAAGUACCGCGGGACGGAGACGGAGCCGAUACCCCUCCUCCUCCAGCCCCACCCGUCCCCCAGUUCGCCCACGUACCGAUGCGGGCGAUAGGCCUUCGUCCUCGGACGCUGUCCUGCCGACCCCUUGAUUUCCUCACCCUCGAGCAAAUCCGUACC